CUGCAUCGGCGUAUGCCUCACGCUCAUGUCGGACUCGUUGGAUCAAUAAAAGAGGAAUCCCCUUAUUAUAUGAACCCGGUCCAAAUUGGAUCCAUUUGCACCAGUCUCGGCCAGUUGACGACGACGGAGCGUUUCGUUGGCAUGAACGACGGGUGGGCGAUGUUGUCCAACCAUUUCCACGUAUGAAUUCUUUCGCCAAAGCUGUGCCGAACGUCCAAAGAAGCUGUUCGAAUUUGAUUGACGAUUUCAGCAGGUUCUGCUAUGGAAGAAAUCUUGAAAAGGCCAUCACCAGGAUGCAUUUGCUCGAGGAGCAUGGUGUUUUCGCUCACUAUCUCACUUACGCUGAGCUCAUCAGGUGCUGUGUGGACAGAGGAGCACUCUCUCAAGGUAAACUCGUUCACCAACAUAUUUCCUCAAAUGGGUAUCGCCCUAAUACGUUUCUGCUCAACAAUCUACUCAAUAUGUACGUUAGAUUCAAUUGUUUGGCUGAUGCACGUAAACUGUUCGAGGGAAUACCCCAGAGAAAUGUCGUCUCCUGGACAACAAUGAUUACCUCCUGCGUCGAUCAUGGUUCCGAUGAUGAAGCAUUGGAGCUUUUGGUUCGGAUGUAUAGAGACGGAACAAGACCAAACAUGUUCACGUUUUCUUCUGUUCUUCGAGCUUGUCACGACUUGAGAACCCUGCAGCACUUGCAAGGUCGUAUCAUACAGAGUGGGUUGGAAUCGGAUGUCUUUGUUAGAAGUUCUUUGAUCGACACGUACGCUAAGUGUGGUAGCUUGAGUGAUGCAUAUGACGUUUUUAACGAAAUGGUUACUGGCGAUUUGGUUGUGUGGAAUUCUGUCAUUGGUGCUGUGGCUCAGAAUGGUGAUGGCGAUCAAGCUGUCGACCUUUUUAAGCAGAUGAAACGUGUUGGAUUCAUACCGAAUCAGGCAACUCUCGCCAGUGCUUUUAGAGCUUGUACUAGCUUAGUGCUUUUAGAGGUGGGCACGCAAGUGCAUGCUCAUGUUAUCAAGUCUGAAAGAGAUUUGAUUGUGGAAAAUGCUCUUCUGGAUAUGUACUGCAAGUGUGGAAAUCUUGGAGAGGCAAAAACUGCAUUUACAAGGAUGGUUGUCAAGGACGUCAUUUCUUGGAGCACGAUGAUAGUUGGCAUGGCUCAAAAUGGUUUUAGCAAGGAAGGUCUGCAUCUUUUUGAGUUGAUGUUGAAGUCGGGGACAAAUCCAAAUGGUAUUACCCUUGUUGGGGUUCUGUUUGCCUGCAGUCAUGCUGGUCUGGUUGAUGAAGGAUGGCAUUUCUUUAGAUCAAUGAAAAGGCUUUAUGGGAUAGAACCUCAAAUGGAGCAUCACUGUUGCAUGGUUGAUCUUCUUGGACGUGCAGGGAAGCUUGAUGAAGCAAUCAAUUUCAUUCAUGAAACGCCAGGUAAAACUGAUGCUGUUAUCUGGAGGGCACUCCUUGGAGCAUGCAGGGUUCAUGGAAACGUCAAGCUUGCAGCUUAUGUUGCAAAUCAAGUUCUUGAACUGGAACCUGAUGACGAGGGAACUUACAUACUAUUGUCAAAUAUUUAUGCUGCUUCCUCCAACUGGAAUGAUGUUUCUCGAGUUAGGAAGUCCAUGAGAGACAGAGGAGUAAGAAAAGAGCCUGGUUGCAGUUGGAUUGAAGUUGACAGAAAGCUGCAUGCAUUUACUUUAGGCGAUAAAUCACAUCCCCAGAUGGAGGCGAUCAGCAAUGAAAUUGAUAGACUGAUCCAGAGAAUAAGCAGCUUUGGCUACCUUCCUGAUACAAAUUUCGUAUUGCAUGAUAUUGAAAAUGAACAGAAAGAAGAUUCACUGCGUUAUCAUAGUGAGAAACUGGCAGUGGCCUUUGGCCUGAUCAGUAUUACUAAGGAAAAACCUAUUAGGAUCAUGAAGAACCUAAGAAUAUGUGGGGAUUGUCAUAAUUUUGUUAAACUUGUUGCAAAAAGUGAAAGUAGGACAAUUGUGGUAAGGGAUGCCAUCCGUUUCCAUCAUUUCAAAGAUGGUGCUUGUUCCUGCAGGGAUUACUGGUGAAAACGUGGACUUCAGAAACUCUUUUCUGAAAUUUCUACUGCUUGAUGGUUGCUGUCAGAAUCCUGAAGAGCAUGUUUUAAGCCUCUAGAAGCACUCUGUGUAUAUAGUUUACCAAUCUUCUAAAUUCACCGAAGAAAGUGGGGAUGCUUGGAUCACAAUAAUUCCAGCUCUUGGAGCCAUAUUGCCUGUUGAGGAAAUUUAUCUGGCACUGCAAUUUAUUAAGUUGCGUAUGGUUGACAUUACCAAGUUUAAAUUAAACUAUAUUCUUGGAGUUCUGACUUUGAACAUCUCCAUCUUGUUAACCAGUAAACAACAGAAGCCACCCUGUGAUCUUGUGCAGAGCGAUUGUAGUUAAUCAUCCCUAAUCCAUAUUUAACCAGCUUUGGCAGGUCUCGCGUUAUAGUUGUUCCAACAGAUCAAUGAUGACACCGACUCAGGAUCGCUGGUACCUGUAUGCAAAAUUUGGUUGACCAAUUUUAUUGGACUUCAAAAGUUUGGAAGGCCCACAAUGGGCUUGCAAUUCUCUA